GAGAUUUUUCGAAGACGUUGCAGGCUCACACCCGCACGCUCACUUGGGUCCCAGACAAUCUAAAUUAAAAUAUCCCCCUCUUUGUCGGGCACUUCUUCCUUUCCGGCUCGGACUCUUCUUUACGAGUUCUCCGCCACUCCCCCUCCCCUAGAACCCCACUCAACCCUCGUCCCAAUUCCACCGCCGCCGUCCUCCUCCCGAGAAUGGGGGAUUCUUACUCUCACACCGCCAACCUCUUCCUCGACGAGACCUCCUUCUACAACCGCCUCGUCCUCGGCGCCUCCUUGCUGCCCACCCGUGCGUGGGACCCACUCCCCCACUUCUUCCAGACGUGGCUCCGCAACUACAUUGCCGGCGUCUUCGUCUACUUCGUCUCUGGCUUCCUCUGGUGCUUCUACAUCUACUACUUGAAGCACAAUGUUUAUCUCCCCAAAGAUGCAAUCCCUUCAACAAAAGCCAUGCUCUUGCAAAUAUCCGUUGCAAUGAAGGCAAUGCCAUGGUACUGUGCUCUUCCUACAAUUUCCGAGUUUAUGGUUGAGAAUGGUUGGACAAGGUGUUUUGCAAGAAUUAGUGAUGUAAGUUGGCUUGCCUACCUUGGAUAUUUAAUUCUGUAUCUCGUACUCGUGGAGUUUGGGAUUUACUGGAUGCACAGGGAGUUGCACGACAUAAAACCUCUUUAUAAGUUUCUUCAUGCGACACAUCACAUCUACAACAAGCAAAAUACUCUCUCCCCAUUUGCUGGUUUGGCUUUCCACCCCUUGGACGGAAUACUUCAGGCAGUACCGCAUGUGAUAGCACUCUUCCUAGUCCCAAUGCAUUUCAAAACCCACAUAUUGCUUCUAUUUGUGGAGGCCAUUUGGACAGCAAACAUUCACGACUGCAUCCAUGCAAAGCUCUGGCCUGUGAUGGGUGCCGGCUAUCACACCAUCCACCACACUACCUAUCGCCAUAACUAUGGCCACUUCACCAUAUGGAUGGACUGGAUGUUUGGAACUCUUCGCGACCCUUUGGACGAUGAGUCCAAGAAGAUUUGAUGUGUGCGUUUGGAUCCAGGUAGGUCUAUAGUCUUCAGUGAUCGGAAAUUGGACUUCUUUGGUGUGUGGUUUGUGUGUAAAUUGUGUUUCUUAGGUUUAAAUUUUUUUUUUUUUAUCAUGUUCUUGACUGGAAAAUGGUUUUAGACCUGGUGGGCCUUUCUGCCCCUCAUUUUUAUCGGUGAGAAACUAAUCCAUUGCUGCACAGCCCUUUUAAGUGCUUGGGCAUACUUGAACAGGCAAGGAUAGUGUGCCCUUGACACACCCAGGGGUUGCCCCAGUGGUAAGGGCGAAUGACUAACUUUGGGAGAACUUCUCUUGGUCAGGGGUUCAAUUCUCUACCGGGUGAGUACCCUGAUAGUAAGUGGGGGGCCGAGACUGUUGUGGCCGCUCUAGUUCCCCCGAGGUUUGAGUUGCGCAGUCAGGUCUAAUUGUGGCUUGGCUGUAGGGCUGUUCCUUGGUUAUCAAAAAAAAAAAGAAAAAAGGAUAGUGUGCCCUUGAAUUGUAAACCUUAUACCCAUUAGAGGUUCAUUGUAAUUCAUGGACUGGGAUGGAUCUGAUUUGUUUUUGUUUUUGACAAUGGGAGGGAUGUGACUUGUUAUUACUGCUAAAGAAACUCGAUGGAAAUUGUUCUAACAA